CUCAGGAGGGACGCCCGGGGGAGCGGGCUGGAAGGAUGCGGAGCUGCUGCCGUAGACUUCCGCCGCAGCAGGAGGGACUCGAGUUGGGCGCUUGGCAGGAGUUCCGAGCGGUGAGCUCUUUUUGCAAAGGUCUCAAGGGCAAGGACGGCGACUUUGGCUCCAAAGCCUCAAGAUAGCGUCUUGCUUGGCGUGUGCGUCUCAGGUCCUGUCCAGGAGAACCUGGCUCCUGAAGGGUCGUCUUCUGCUGCUGACCCCCAUCAAAUCCCAUCAUGCCCACAGCCCUGUGCCCCCGAGUCUUGGCUCCAAAGGAAAGUGAGGAACCCAGGAAAAUGAGGAGCCCACCGGGAGAGAACCCUAGCCCCCAGGGGGAGCUUCCCAGCCCUGAGUCCUCCCGCCGCCUCUUCCGCCGCUUCCGCUACCAGGAGGCUGCGGGCCCCCGGGAGGCCCUGCACCGCCUCUGGGACCUGUGCCGGGGCUGGCUGCGGCCGGAGAGGCACACCAAGGAGCAGAUCCUGGAGCUGCUGGUGCUGGAGCAGUUUCUGGCCAUCCUACCCCGGGAGAUCCAGGGCUGGGUGCGGGCCCAGGAGCCCGAGAGUGGUGACCAGGCUGUGGCAGCCGUGGAGGCGCUGGAGCGGGAGCCAGGGAGACCCUGGCAGUGGCUCAAGCACUGUGAAGACCCCGUGGUGAUCGAGGAUGGGGACAGCCCUCCAGACCAGGAGCAGGAGCGGCUGCCAGCAGAAGCCCAGAGCGACCUUGCCAAGAGCCAGGACACGCAGUCUGUGGCCCUGGCGCCAGGCCCCGGGCUCCCGAGCAGACCACCAGGCCAGCUCAGUGGGGAUCCAGUUCUGCAAGACACCCCCCUUCUUCAGGAAGCAAGUCUGAGGGAUACACAGCCCGUGACGGAACUCCAGCUACCCCUGAACCGGGUGUCCCCCUUCAAGGAUAUGAUCUUCUGCUUCUCGCAAGAGGACUGGUCCCUUCUAGACCCUGCACAGACUGGCUUCUACGGAGAGUUCAUCAUUGGGGAGGACUGUGGAGUCUCCUUGCCUCCAAAUGACCCAGGCACCCAGCUGGAUCUCUCCCAGGGAGAGGAGAAUGAACCCCGGGUCCCUGAGUUGCAGGACCUCCAAGGAAAGGAUGUGACCCAGGUCUCAUACUUGGACUUCCCAAGCCUCCAGCCAUUCCAGAUAGAAGAGAGACGAAAAAGGGAUGAGCUACAGGUGCCAGAGUUCCAGACCUGCCAGCAGAUGACACUCACUCAGAACACCUGCCCAGCUGGAGGUGACGCGCUGACCCCUGAGAAUGGCCUAGAUGAGGAGGUGACCAUCGAGAUCGUCCUGUCCAGCUCUGGGGACGAGGACUCCCAGCACGGCCCCUACUGUGCAGAUGAACCACGGAGCCCCACAGAAAAGCCACGCAGUCUCCCCGCCUCCCACCGGAGUGGCACUGAGGCCGGGGAUGAGGUGCAGACUUCGACCUCCAAGAAGUCCUACAUUUGCCCGAACUGUGGGAAGAUCUUCCGCUGGAGGGUCAACUUCAUCCGGCACCUGCGGAGCCGCAGAGAGCAGGAGAAGCCACACGAGUGCUCAGUGUGCGGGGAGCUGUUCAGUGACAGUGAGGACCUGGACGGGCACCUGGAGAGCCAUGAGGCCCAGAAACCUCACCGCUGCGGCGCCUGCGGAAAGAGCUUCCGCCUCAACUCACACCUGCUGUCGCACAGGCGCAUCCACCUGCAGACCCGGGGACUGGAGCCGACGCAGAAGCGAGAGGCAGCUGCUGCGGGAGCGGGGCCCGGCGCGCUGCUGGCCGAGGGCCCGCCCAAGCUCAGCUGCCAGUGCCGCGAGUGCGGGAAGGCGUUCCAGAGGCCCGAGCACCUGGCGCGCCACCACAGCAGCGCGCAUGUGAAGGACAAGGCACGGCCCUUCCAGUGCCGCUACUGUGUCAAAAGCUUCUCGCAGAACUGCGACCUCCUCCGCCACCAGCGUCUGCACAUGAAGCGCCGCUCCAAGCAGGCUCUGAACUCCUACUGAGGAGGCCUGCCGGACUGGCAGCAUGUCCCCUCCCCCUUCCUGGGACAGGGCUCCUUCCCCAGGCAGGGCGGCCUCCCAUCCAGUUCCCUUUCCUGAUCCUGUCUCCCUCCUCCCACCCCAGGGCAGGGUGAGGCUCUCCAUUCGGACUGGUCCCACACCCCGCCCACCACGCACCUCCCCCAGGACAGAGUCACACCUUCCUGCCCUUUGCUCUCAGGUAGAAACGAGAUAGUGGCCGAAUGAGCAUUUGUUCUGUCUCUGCUGUGCCAAAAAGCAGGGAGGGCUUGUCUCCACCAGUUUUGACUUUUCCAUCUUUCCAGGUCUUAGAGAACCCAGCACUGCUUUCCAAGUGGGGAAGGACCUGGGGUCUCCUCCACUAUGGUGACCCCACAGGGGUCUAUCCCUUGCCAACCAGUCUUCAAUACACUCUUCAUAAGUACCUAUUGCACAUCCUCCCUUCCCCCAUCCUGCAGUCUGGGAGUAACUGUACUUCUGUGUGCCAACAAGAAGCUUCCCGUGUGGGGGUGGGCUCGGAGGAAGGCUGGGAGGCAGGUGUCCUCUGGUGCCUGUGGGCAGCAGGCCAAGCACUCCAAGCCAUGUCCAAUCCUCAGAAGUCAGUCCCUAUCACCAUCUGGCCCAUAGGAGCAGUCCACAGUCAUCACGAGGCUUGGAGGGCGAAAAAGUCCCACCCUUUUAUUUGUCAUGGUGUCUGUUAUUAGGGAAUGUGAGUUCAUUGAAGGCAAAGCCCACAUUUUUACAUUGUUGCACACUCUCCCCAAAAUGUUUCUCUGUACCCUGGGAGGCCCUUGAUAAAGGGUUGUGGGGUGGGAGCAUGGUUAUCGUUUGAAGAGCACUAAGGCACCCCAUCCCACCCCACCGCAUCUAGGAAUGGGGUGCUCACCUGCCAGUCCCCCAGGUGGGCAGGGGACAGGAUGUUCCAUGAGCAUUAACUCAGCCUGCCAGUCGUAUCUGUAACAGUGGGAUGGCUUAGACACAUCUUCUGAGUUCUGGAGGAAGGAGUCCAAGAUGGAGGUGUGAGCAGGCUUGGUUUUUUGAGAAGGAGGGUCUGUGUCACAUGUCUCCUCUAGCAGGUAGUGGCUAGCAGUGGUUGACACUCCGUGACUUGUUGGAAGCAUCACCCCAUCCAUGCUUUAUCUUCACAUGGUGUUCUGUGUAUGUCUGUCUCCACACUUACCUUGUAAGGACACCAACCUAAGUCCUGCCCUUCUUAACUGAUUAUAUCUGCCAGGUCUUUAUUUCCAGUGUCACACCGAUGUACCAGGGUUAGGACUUAAACCUGCACGUUGUGUAGUUGGACACACAGUUCAGCCUACAACACCAGAUAGACCUGCAGUGCUGCUGCUGUUCCAGUUCAUGGAAGAAUCAGUACAAAUGAGCUUGCUUUCCCAUCCAUCAGAAGCAGGAUUCAGACUCAACCUUCUGUUUCCAGGGUGGGUAUCCAAUGCACAAGAACCUUUGAAGUCUGCAGCCCGUGAUUGUGGACUGGGAGCAACCACUGGUAGUGGAAACUUGAGCAGUGAUCACUGGGCUCACUGUUGUGGACAAAUGCAGUGUCCCUUAGUGUCCCGAUGACAGGGAAAUGUGGGGGCUGAUGAGUCGCUGUGGCCAGUUGUAAAAGUCAGUAGCAACCAGGUAGGGGUUUUGUAUAGUUUGUAUGUCCGGGCCCCUCUGCUGCCAUUGCACCAUGUCAGAUGACCCCUUCAUGACCACAUGGAGAUGCUACUCCCCCAAACCAGUGUAAGGGUUACCAGGUCCUAUAGUUGAACUCUGUGCCUGCGCAGAUGUACCUACCCACCCAGGGACAGUAAAUGCAAUAAAACCAUUUGGUCAUACCUUCAACAAAAAAUAAACCGUUGGGCUCUUUGUUUCUAAAUAGUUUGCCUCUUAUGUUGAUCUGCCAGGAAGAGGGGGAAAAUAACCCCCCAAAUCUUUAAGGCUAGAAGAGAGGAAAAUUCCAAAUAGAAAUCGGACUCCACACAUUUGUCCUUAUCCCAUCCACCUGAGCUCUCGCAUUGGUGGUGAGUGUAUUAACCCACCCAUUUAAGAAACUUGUCUAGAAGAGGCAUUGCUCAACUCAACUUGUGUAUUUUAUGGGUAAAAUUGGGUCCUAAAUAGAAAACAAAUGGAACGUAACAGGCUGUGCAUUUCUUUGAGUGUCCAUCAAGUAUUGUGAGGCCUUCUUGCAUUCAGUUACCCAAAACUGACCAAGGUGCCUAAGGAACCUGGGAGUUGACAUUGUCCCUGGAAACUGCCCAGGCUGGUGUAGCUCAGAUGCCAGGUUCAUGCCAUGCAGAAGCCAGAGCUUCCUACACUGGGGAAAACAGGAGAGCUGGCCCAUCUGGUUCCUCCUUCCUCUGUGGGAGCUGGGCAGGCAGGUGAGAUGUCUACCUUGCCAUGAGGUUCAGAGACCACACAUCUGAGAAGCAUCUGCCCUCCCUGUUCCUCUCAUCCCUUGGUACUGUUCCCACAAACGUAACAGGUGCAUAAUAAAAAUUUUCUGGAUUAA